UUAACCCUAAUAUCAUCAACGAAAAAAGGGGUGCAAUGGAGAUGGAGAAGCAAAAGGAAGAUGAUCAUCAGCACAUUGAUAAGAAGCAGAAAACAACUGACAAUCAACAACAACAACAGGAUGUGGAGGCUACCAAAGCUGUGAAAGUAGCUCACAAAAAGAAACUGAAGCUGAAAAAGGACGACGCGUCGGGCUCCUUUUUCGGUUUAAAACCACUGGAUAUCCUGAUUGACCCUCCAGCUUGCUACUGCAAAGCUGGACUGAGCAAAGAAGAGUAUGAAGAAGAACACAGAAGACUAAUUGAACGGCAGAGAUCAAAAAACUGGUUGUUUAAUUAGUGCAGUACCAGUACUACUCUUUGAUUAUUCCUAACUAUCAUCUAUUAGGACUGAUGUUAAUCCUAGUUAAGAAGCUUUUGUUUAUUACGUAAAGUUCCUGUGGAUGUUUUAAGUAACUUGGUAUCUAAUAUGCUAUGCUUAUCUACCUUUUGUUUAUGUACUUGUCGCCUUUUCUCUAACUUUAGUUAAACACUUAUUAUCUCCUUUCGUUCUGUUA